AUGGAUGCGCUAGAAUUGUUCCACGCCGACGAGCUAGUCCCGGAAAAUUGCCUCGACACGGAAUGGAUUGAUGAAGAUGAAGUGUUUGCAAUCCUGAAACAAUGGGAAACGCGGAGCGGCAACAAAGGGAAAACGGCGAUGACCAGCACCGGCAGCACCUGGAACAACAGCAGCGCCGGUGGUAGCAGCAACAGCACCAUCAACAGCAGCAACAGCAGCGGCAGUAAUGGCACUAUCAUCCACCAAUCAUCUUUCAACAACGAUAGCAACAUUAGCCCGAAACCGGAUCCGCAAUCGCCGGAGGUUGUCGAAGAUUACGACAAGAAACUGCAAUUGCUCGACGAUACUGAUAACGUUCUACGCGACUCGCAACCGAGUGUGGACAGUUUCAGUUCCAAGUAUGUUGACACUCGAACGUUCGUUAGACCGAAAAAGAAACUGGAAGCCAGCCCACUUCUAAACAUUACCGCUGCUUCCUCGGAGAAUCCAGCAUCACCCUUCGCACACCAUGAGGUCAGUAUGGGACGGUCGCCACUGCUCAACGUACAGAUCGGUGGUCCGGUCACGCCAUCGCUGGCCAACUCAGCCACCGGCAACCGGCUGCUGAUGCAGCGUAGCUGGCUGAACGAUGUGUCGCCACCGUGCUCGAUCAUGAACUCGAUGGAGUACUCGGCGAACGAAAAGUUCACCAACAGUCUGAUCACGAGCGGUGACUUCAGCAGCGUCGGGUGUCUCCUGAACACGAGCGACGAGCCGGUCAACGUAUCGACCAUAGCCAGCGCUAACUACAACGGCUACAGUCUGUACAGUGUGAUCGAGGACCGGCAGCGGCUGGAGAACCUCUGCCUGGGCGACGAAUCUACGCUCACGAAGGAUUGCAACAUUUCGCGUACCGAUCUGAACGGCAUCGAGAGCGUGUCCGGGGUGAGCACCAUGCAAAACUCAUACGAAAGUGGCACGGGCAGGAGCGGUGGCGCCGGCAGUGGUGGCGCCGGCAGUGGUGGUACCGGCAGUGGUGUGGCCGUUUCUGGUAAAUCCUCGUUCGAAGAAGAGGAAUCACCGAACGGUACGGAGACCAACUCCACGAUAGUAUUGGCAGCGUCGAGCGGAACAGUGGCCUCGAAUGAUACGUUCCUGCUCCCGGAAGCACCACCACCGUUGGAGCCGGAAACCCUCCUGAUGGCGAACCUUCGUGCAACGAUGCUGAACGGAGGAACGUACGAUGCGCGACGGCCUCGAAACUUUAACACAUACCGCAAGCCACGUUCUUCGUUGAACCAAACAUUCGAUGCCCUCCCCAAAGUGGACCCGGAGCGAAAUGAUGCAGAGCAAACGUUUAAUGCGUCGGCUUCCGGCGGCACUGCCAAGCACACCGUAAUGAACAGUACGUUCGGGAUCGUUGGUGAAGGGAAUCAGGAUGGUGGUGUCAACUCAACGUUCACGUGCAACCGAACGAUCAACCUGAACGAGACGUUUCCGGCAGCCAUCGUCGGAGACAAUGUUCCGUUGCUCGACCUAACGUUCGAUGCAGCACCGUCGGAGUACAAAGUUCCUUUCGGACGCACGUUCAAGCGUCGGUCACGUCCGAAUGGAACGCUGACGGAGGAGGAAGACGAUCCCAAGCUGGUUAGUCCGUUGCGCCCGGAAACAGUUGGAUCGGCAGACUCACUGAUGAUGGUCCAGUCUACGCCCUUCCAUGGCCCGGUGAAGCGUGCCGUGGGCCCAGAAACUUCGCUCAAAUUCGAUGAUGAUGUGUCACCGAUUGCUUCCACCGCGAAGCCGGUCUCCGACGAGGCGGCACUUCAGACCCCAACCAGCACCGGUGGCGUGACACGGAACGUUGUCCGAAGAAGCCGCAAUCUUGAUCAGGAUUUGCGCUCCGAGGGCAGCCCGAAGGUUGUGGAACUGGACGAACUGGAAACGGACGAGUUCGAUGUCCAGAUCCGGCGACUACCGGCUUCCGGGGGCUCGAAGGCGGACAUAUCGAACUUCCUGGAUGCCGAGAAGCGCAUCUCGCUGCAGCACUUCGAAGAGUUCGAGAAGUCCAUCAUGGAGAGCGAACACAGUGGGCUCGACUUCGACGAGGUGCUCAACUCGCUAACCGCGGACGUACGGCGGUCCGGUGAAAGCAGCGACAAGCUGCGCCAGUCGCUCGACAAUAUCAAGAAGCGUCACUCGCGCAUCAACCUCGAAAAGCAGCAACAGGAUGAGCUCAAGCGCAAGCUACAUCAACAAUCGAUCGAGCCGGGCGAUGACACUCCUCCACCGGCGCUCGACAACAAGCUGGCGGAUUCGAUGACCAAAAGUACCGGCAUGUCGUCAUCGAGCGGCAGCGAACGAUUGCUGAAUCGCCGAAGUCGCUACAACGAGGAUGCGAACUUGACGUUCACAGCGGCACAGCCGGAGCAAAAGCAACUAAACACAACGAUCACCGUGGCGAGUGGGUCAGGCGGAGGAGAGGUUGAAGAGACCGCGGGAGCGGAUCGUGUCUCUACUGGCCCUGAGGUAGAGGCGUACGAUCGUAAGAACCGGGAUCGUUUCAAGACAAUACGCAUCAUCAAACGGUGGGAAGAUGGGCUGCCGGCACCCGCUCUGCCGGAUGCGGAUCAAACGGAGCCGUUGGUACUGCCGGGACAACCAUUCUCAGGCCACGAACCGGUCGGAAACGGGUUUGUGCUUUCUGCUGCUCCCCUCAACAGUACCACUAACGUUAAUAGUGCCUUUAGUCGGGUGGAUCAAAAUUCACUGAAAAGCGGAACGGCGGGGGGAGCGGCAGGCGACCGGAUGAUAGGACGGGCUGGAGCUGGAAUGAAUCACCUAAUGAUGAAGACUGACCCCAAAGGACCACCACUGGGGAUCUCCGGAGGGGAUGAGCUGUUUAAGAAACCGCAAGCAAUCGUGCAACCGGUGGCGGGCAUCGUUCGCAGCAAUCUCUCGAAGCAACCACGCUACUACGGGGCCGGGACGGGGCUGGCGGGCGGUGGAGGCGCUUUGGCUCACCGUAAGGACCUAACGCUAGCGCUGGGCAACAAGUCCAGUUCAACGGAUAGUCUCGAACACCAGCGGGCCGGCUUCGGAGGGGACUAUCUGCCGCAGCAACAGUCGCGACUGACGGCCAUUUCGAAGCUGGGCGGUGGAAGUGGUGGUCUGAUCGGUACCGGGCGAUACUCCCAGUACACGACGGGCCUACAGAAGCCACAGCAACCAUCGUUGCUGCAGCCGAAGCAACAGCAGCACCAGCAGCAACCGGCACCAGCACUCAAGUCGCCGAUGGGGACGAAAUCGAAAUCUUAUCACAGUCUCACUUUCGCCCAGGCCAAUGCCACUGGCUACGGCGGUUCCAGCGGCAAUCUGUCCAAGGUGCACGGAUCGUCCGGUUUGCAGCUAAAACUGAAGCACAAUGCCAGCAACACAGAGCUGAAAAGUACCAUAUCGAAACGGUACUCGAUGCAAUCCAGUCCACUGCAUCAUCCAUCGUCCGGCAUGAGGCCAGUACAGCAAACCGCAGGAGCAGCAGCAGCAGCAGCAAUGCCGGGAGCAACCGGAGCAAGGGGAGGGGCAAUGGGACGGACCAGCUUACCGCUGGUACGGCCGAACCAGUUCCUCCCGAACAACAGCGGCACCGCUGCUUCUGCCGUAGCUAACCAAACUACCACUACUCUUUCCGGUGUACAAAUGCGCACAGCCGGUGGUUUGGCUAAAACGUCCCGGCUCGGGCUGGUACGGCCAUCGUCCGGAUACUUCAGCUACAGCACGCACCGUAAGCACCCGGAUUCGGACAACGAGUCCAUCAAUAGCCUGUCCUCCUCAUCCGCUAGCUCUAGAGGCAGCCUGUAUCGUGUAGAUAGUCAAAGUAUAGCAAACAAUGUACAAACCUUUACCACCACCACGAGAACCCACAGUACCGACGAUGUGAACGGCGCUGGCGUGGUGGCGAGUAGUAAUGGUUUGCUAGCAAGACUUAAUGGUACCGGUGGUGGUCUAGCCGCAGGAUCGUCCGUAGUGGAAGCGAACCCCGUUCCGACGGUGCCUGGAACGAUCGGUUCCAUCGGCAUGAAGCAGCCGACGAAUGGAGUGAUGAAACCGUCCGGAUUGAGGCCCCCCUCAGCACUCCGAGCCCCGGCGGUGCGCAGUGGGCUGCCACGCCCGACCAGCUACAUCCGACGAUAGACGGAACGCCGAACGGGAGCGCCGUAGGAUGUCGAGAUAGUAGAACGGGCAACUUAAAAAUCUACGCAAACCGUCUCCAUUGCCUACCCGGGGCGCUUUCCUCAACAGUAUUUCCGGAUCGAGUUUUAGCCCGACAGCCAAUACAGCACACUCCAUACUCUUAUAAUCCUUCCUCUCUCUCUCUAUCUCUUUAUAAUUCCUUCGAAAACGCCAUUAGUUUGUAAUGUUUCUUUUUCGACUGCAUAUGUUGCGGAUACCCUUCCUUACAGUGGCUUCCCUUUCCCUGGCGAGUAAAUAUGCGACAAGUGUUAGGGGUCACUCCACUUCUACCGCCAUCAUUACGAUCGAUGAUGAGCGUGUAUCGAAGGGCAAAGGACCGGAAAUGGGCAAAAUCGAACGAACAAACCCCAGCCAGAUAGCAUUCAAUCGAACAAUACUAUUACUUAGAAUACCUUUAAGAUAGAUGUUGGCCAAGGAUUUUGUUGCUGGCGAAAGUGCGCGCUCGUCCUCCGUAUCUUUUACGCUUUGAACUGUUCACUCUUUAUCCUGUUAACACGAACGUCCUGUAUUUCUUCACCAUUAGACUUCUGUAGAGUAAGCAAUAAAUCGAUUGGUUAAUCUGAUGCCCCCCGCAAAAAGAGAGGUCUUCGUAUUUUUCGUCCCUCUCAAAUUCGGAUUGGUCAUUGGAUCGUCUAGACAUAUGAACCGCGGUUUUAAAUUCGUUAACGAGAAUCGUUAUCGUUUGUGAUAAGUCUGAGCUUUCGUUGCGCCUUUCGACACUGCCCCGUUGUCGUGUUUGUUAUUGGUUUAUUUCUGCGCUGCCAGAAGCAAGUCCAGCCCACGGGUGCGCAGGUUGGUUUAAAAAAUUAUACACUACGCAACAUCCGCUUCUAUCUCCUUUGGUAUCCUCCUCCGGGUUGAACUCCCUGGUACGGAACUCAAUGGCACGAGGACGAAAACUAGGGCCCAAAAAGAACGCUCCUUUACAAGAUUGUAGGAAUUGAGUUGAUAAAAACCAGCAACUAUCGAUGCCGUGGAAAUGCCGAAAAGUAAAAGACUUUGCAACAUUGCUCUCAAUAUCGUAGUUAAAGGCAAACAAACCUUUCAAUCGCGAAUUGUUAAAAUUAAAUCAAUCAUCUGCUAGGCUAAGUGAUGUAGGGAAUAUAAGCAAGCAAAUGAUACUAACCAGAGGGAGCAGAGUACAGAAGUGAUGGACGGUAGGGGACGUGCCAGCGGGCGGCAGGAAUUGUGCAUCAGGCCCUUCUACCGUUAGUGUACAUGGAUCUAAGCAUAUACACGUAUUUAUACAUUAAA